CAGCGAUUGGUCCAAACCUGAUUCCGGUAGAGGGCAGCCGUCCAACUCAGGACUGAGGAGGAAAAACAGGGACGAAGAACUGUCAGUUUCCCGAAAUAAAGACAGCAUUUCAAUCAGGUUUGGUCAAUAGGUUGUGAGUGUGAUGGCGUCGGGCAGUACGAGCAGUGAGGAGGAGAGGAGUCUGAGGGAGUGUGAGCUGUAUGUACAGAAACAUAACAUCCAACAGCUGUUGAAGGACUGCAUCGUACAGCUAUGUACCUCUCGGCCGGACAGACCCAUGGCCUUCCUCAGAGAGUACUUCGAGAGGCUGGAGAAGGAGGAGGCUAAGCAGAUCCUACAGCAGCAGAAGUCCAACUCUCGCUCCGAUUCCCGUGAGGAUGAGGUGUCUCCUCCCAUGAAUCCCGUGGUGAAGGGGCGGCGGCGGCGCGGUGCCAUCAGCGCCGAGGUCUACACAGAGGAAGACGCCGCCUCCUACGUCAGAAAGGUCAGGGGGGGUCAGCCCUCAGCCAAUCACGCAUCGCUACAGGUUAUUCCUAAAGACUACAAAACGAUGGCCGCCCUGGCUAAAGCCAUCGAGAAGAACGUGCUGUUUGCUCACCUGGACGACAACGAGAGAAGCGACAUCUUUGACGCCAUGUUUUCUGUUACCUACAUCACCGGGGAGACGGUCAUUCAGCAAGGUGACGAGGGAGACAACUUCUACGUCAUUGACCAGGGAGAGAUGGAUGUGUAUGUGAACAAUGAGUGGGUGACCAAUAUUGGGGAGGGGGGCAGCUUUGGCGAGCUAGCCCUGAUCUAUGGGACCCCCAGGGCCGCAACGGUCCGAGCCAAGAGCAACGUCAAACUGUGGGGCAUCGACAGGGACAGUUACAGGAGGAUACUCAUGGGAAGCACUUUGAGAAAGCGUAAGAUGUAUGAGGAAUUCCUCAGCAAGGUGUCCAUUUUAGAGUCUCUAGACAAGUGGGAGAGGCUGACGGUAGCUGAUUCUCUGGAGAACGUUCAGUUUGAAGACGGACAGAAGAUCGUGGUUCAGGGUGAACCUGGAGAUGAGUUCUUCAUCAUCCUGGAGGGUUCAGCGGCUGUGCUCCAGAGACGGUCAGAGAAUGAAGAGUUUGUGGAGGUGGGCAGACUGGGGCCCUCCGACUAUUUUGGUGAGAUCGCCCUGUUGAUGAACCGUCCCCGUGCUGCGACCGUGGUCUCCCGCGGCCCUCUGAAGUGUGUGAAGCUGGACCGCCCGCGGUUCGAACGCGUUCUGGGGCCCUGCUCAGACAUCCUGAAGAGGAACAUUCAGCAGUACAACAGCUUCGUCUCUCUCUCCGUCUGAGUCCCUCCGUUCCUCUAUCGCUCCAACCCGCCCUCCUUCGCCCCCUGGCUCCUCCCUCCUUCGCCCCCUGGCUCCUCCCCCUCCUUCGCCCCCCCCUGGCUC